ACCCCGCGGAACUUUCCGAUCAACUGUGCGAUCAAGUACGUUUUGGCGCCGUGGGGCGUGCGUGCGCGCGUUUUCGGUUGCCCAAUGCCAACAAUUCGCCAAUGCGCUUGGACACAUUUUUCGCAUCCAUCAUCAUUCAAUAAUAGUUGUGGUUUGUUUCCGUCGUCCAUCGAACAAGAUGAUGAAGUUUCUGUUAGCCUGUCUCUUGGCGUCUGCCACCAUGGCGAUCGAUAUUAGCUCUGACUCUCGAGCUGGAAAGCGAAUUCUUUCCAAGGCACGAAGUGUCCAGGAUGGGCGUCAUUUAGAUGAAGGCUACUAUACUACCUGGAUGACCAAGUACAGCAUGAAGUUUGAUGGCUGUCAUUCCGUCCCUCAAUUUGAGCGCGAAGAAGGCAUGCGCUCUGUGUUGUUGGCCAAGUUCAAACUUUGUCCUGGCACCGACUGCAGCAAGUGUCGAAAUGCGGGAGAGUACAUUGUCGAAAUGAGAGACUUUGUUGAAGCCUACCAAGAAGCCCAGCAAACGUUGAAUGAGUACGCUUGCGAAACACAAAUGGAAUCUUGCCAGUACCAGUGCGAGAAUGGCAUGUACCAGUACCAAGACGAUGCCAAUGGGCAACAAAACAACUAUAACAACAAUAACAAUAACAACAAUAACAAUGGAGACGACGGCGAUUACUGCUACUACCAAUGCAUGUCCGACAAUAACAUGUCGUACUGCGACAAUGACAACAACAAUGGCGGUAAUGGAGACAUGAACAUGGACGAAAUGAUGGAAUGCCGUGCUUUGGGAGGAGACAACAACAACAACAACAACAACAACAACUACCAGUACAAUGCCAACUCCAACUAUCAGGUUUACUACGUGGGAGCCUACUGUACAUCCGGAGGCGUCUACAUUGACACAUUUACCGACUCGAGCUGUACCAACAAAGCACCCAAGGGAACCUACGAAAAGUACAGUGGAGGAUACUCCUUGCCCACGGACAACAUGGUGGGAACCGACUGCAUCAGUUGCGAGGCCCCAGCAGAAAACGAUGGCAACAAUAAUAACAACAACAAUAACAACAACAACAACAACAAUAACAACAACAACAAUUACUACCAAGCCGAAGUCUUUGAGGUGUGCGAAAAGCUCUAUGAAGAUGCCGGCAAGUGCGAAAAGAACAUGGACGUGACAUACAAGAACAAUGGGGCAUGCGAGUUGAUGCACGGAACUUUGGCGCGUCUAGAUGCAGCAUAUCACGGACGAGGACGAGCGGCAGUGGGUUUGGCAUGGUUCUUUGGAAUCUCUGUGGCCGCUUUGGGAGGAUACAUCUUUUACCUGCACACCAAGGUUUUGACUCGGCAACAGAUCAACUUGUUGCCACCGUUGGGUGGAAGUCAUGCCUGA